CAACAACUAUAAUGCCUCUCGCACUAACGUAAAGGUUCUAUUGUUUGUUGUUUCUGUCGCACCACUGCUAUGUCGAAAAUCUGUGGCUGGUAACCACAGCUUUUUGUUGUAGCAAAAUUUCUAAGCCAAGUCAUUAGUAAAUAGUGAGAAAUACAAUCAUAAUCAUUCCAUAGUCUUAGAAUCAAUCGGUCGAGUUGUUGUCGCCAUCGACUCUCGCAAAAAUGCCCGCAGUGCGUAAAUAUCGACGCGAAACAAGUGAAAUCAGUUGCUGCCUCAAAUAUUUGCUAUUCACUGGCAAUGUACUCAUCUGGCUGUCAGCACUUCUCGUGCUCGCCAUUGGCAUUUGGGCCUGGACCGAAAAAGAUAUGUUUCGCAACAUUGGAAAGCUCACGUUUAUAGCCUUGGAUCCCGCUUUUGUGCUCAUCAUACUGGGCACCAUCACCUUCUUGCUGGGCUUUAUGGGCAGCGUGGGUGCACUGCGCGAAAAUACCUGUCUCUUGGGCGCUUAUGCCAUAUUUUUGAGCGUGCUUCUUCUUAGCGAGAUUGGCUUUUGCGGAUUGGCUUUUGUGCUCAAGGACAAAGGUUUGAUUAAAGAUCAUGCCACUGAGGGCUUGAGAGCUUUUAUCAAGCACUACCGCGAGGAUCCGGAUCAGCAAAACCUGAUAGACUGGAUACAAGAGGAUUGGCUGCAAUGCUGUGGUAUUGAUGGUCCCAAGGACUGGGAUAGCAAUAACUAUUUCAAUUGCUCCUCAAUUGCAAUUGGCAGCCGUGAAGCGUGUGGUGUGCCCUUCUCCUGUUGUCGCCGGCGCCCGCAGGAGGUAAUCAAGAACAAACAGUGCGGCUAUGAUGUGCGCAAAGAGGGCUACAGCAUGGAGGUGUCCAAGAUUAUUAAUGAAAAGGGCUGUGUCCAGGCCGGCGAAGAAUGGAUUGAACAUAAUUUAAUUAUUAUUUCAACGGCAGCAAUUGGAAUUAUGUUUUUCCAGAUUCUGGGCAUUUGUUUUGCGCAAAACUUGCGUGCCGAUAUUUAUACACAAAAAUCCAAAUGGCACUGACAAAUGGCGCACGGUGCCCCCACAGCACUCUAGACAACAACCGCAACAAGAUACAUAAGUAACAAGAAAUAGCAAAUCAAUUACAACAACUAAAACUUCAACUUUACAACAGUACACAUCAUCUACAUCGACGCUUCGGUUAGUUAACUAUACUAUAAAUAACUAGCCAUAUAUUGUAUGUAUGUGUGUCUACUAAACGCGAACGCAUUCCGUCUAUGGACAUUGACUAAAUAUUAACUAGGUUGCCAAAUUUUUUGCUGUUUUACGUAGGCUUCUCUUUACCCAAAACAAAAAAAAAAACAAACAAAAAUCAACUAAAAGGCAUAUUGCAUACAUUUUCUAUACAUUUUUACAUAAUUAUGUGGGAAAAAAGGCGAACGGGAAUAUAUGAAAAAUAAUUAACUUGAAAUGCAGCUGUGAUAUAUUUUUAAUAAAUGUAUAGAAAUGACAUGAAAAACAAAAUUUAAAAGCAAAGAAAUUUUCUGCACAACUUGUAAUGAAAAACCUUCGGCGCCCCGAAGCUGAUAUAUAUCCUUGCAAGACCCCUUGGCUUAUAACAAACAACAAAACUAUUCAAUGUAAAAUAUACUACAGGCUAAUUAAUAAUGCUAAUGUCCAGACAAAACCUUUUCUGCAAGGGUGUUGAAAACACGAAAAGUCAUUCCUAAUGUAAGCAGCAAAAUCUGUCACAAGACCUAAAGCAAAUUAACAACAAAAAUAAUUAUGUUAAUUGCAGUAUUUUUAUAACAAUAACAAAAAUAACUUUUUUAUGUGGGGGCAAGUAAAUUAAAAACAAAAAUGCAAGAAAAAAUAAUAAAAGAAGAGUAGAUUGGUAGAUUGCUGAUUAAUUUGUGUCGAGCUUAAAUUCAAUGCGAGGUAUGCAGAGUUGCCUUAGAAGGCAAAAUAUAUACAUAUUUUUGCAUAAUACACUUCAGUUAUCCGCUUAUGGGUCUCCCUAUUUGCAAUGGGCUGCACAUCUUUUACUAUUGUAUAAGAGCUACUACUAAGUACGUGAGUUGAGUUCGUUAUGAGUUUUUUUUUCUUUGAAAAGACUGCUGUCGAAUUAGUCGAAACAACGCUCGUAGCAAUCAGAUAUCAUUUUGUAUUCGUUAAUCUUGAAAAGUUGUAGAGGAAGUCCGAAAUGUACAAUUUAAGAGUGUAUUAAAAUGGGUUGUAACACAAGGAAAUUAUUAAAUUCAUUAUUUGCUAGCAAAUCUAAUAGAUUAUAAUAAAGAGAAGAGAAAAAGGUGAAAUACAUUUAUUGUGCUUAUACUCAAUACAAACAUGUAAGAGAAUCUCUUGAUAACAAUUUUCUUUUUUUCUAUGCAACACUGCCCUACUAAACAAUAAUAUUAAUAUAUGUAUUAUAUUUUACUAUAAAGCAGAUCUACUGAAAUUUUGACGCAUUUAUACUAAAAAAAAACCAACUGAGUCUCUUUAACAUUUUUGAAAUACUUUUGAGAACCUCAAACACUAAAUGUACUUAAUACUCUUUACAAGUUUAUUAAAACAACUAAAAGAAUACUUAUUUUUUGUGCGCAAAAUGCAAGAAAUCGCAUCAAAAGUAUUUUUAUGAAAAACAUCAAAUCAGAAUCUCCAUUUGCCAAUGAUGAACACAUGACUUAACAAUGUAAGAAAGAAAACAAAAAUCACAAAAAUUUAAAUAACGAGCAAAAUCCAAUAAAUUUUAUAUAAAGAAGAAAUACAUACAAUAAUAAUAAGCAAAUGGUAACAUAUAAUUUAAAAGAAUCUGAACGAAAUCAGACAAUUUUUGAGAAGCUAGAAAUUCGUGAAGUUUAUUAAUAAAUGAUAUCGAAUACGGAAUGAGUCAAUUGAAAACGAGCUAAAUUAUGUUAAACAAAAUGCCAGUCAGUAAAACAAACUAAAAAUUGUAAUUAGUUAAGCAAUGUUUAUUAUAAUACAAAUAGCGGCUUGUCAAGGUUGUUGUUGCGACAGCAAAAUCAAUAACUGCUUCUAAUAAAAAUAAUGAAACGCU